AUGCAGCCCGAUGUUGAUGAUGACGAAUGGAAUGAUGAUGAACGUGAAAAUUCAGUGCCAUUUGAUUCUAUCCGUCCAAGCACACCCAUUUUAAAUCAAUCAUCAAGAAAAACCAACGCACUACGACGUCGUCAAACCAUCGGUGCUGUUCAAGGUCGACAAUAUCGAACACCUCUACGACAUAUUCAAGCAAUGCUUUGGCCAAGACGAGCAACACAAACAAUAACUGUAGAUAUGAAUUCAUCGAAUGAGCGAGAAGAAAUACCGAUGAUUGACGACAAAACGACCUAACGAUUAUUCAAUGCACUCUUCUUCUUAUCCGCGAUUUUUUCUAAGACAAUCAUUAUUUUUUGCAUAGAAACACUUCAUUAUGAGCAAGCAUCAGAAAUAUACAGUGGCACGCGGUGUUCUCAUGCCCACUCAAAUCUUUAUCAUUCCGCCGAAACAAUCUCUGAUAAAAUCUCUCAAUCAGUACCAGAUACUCCUCUAAUUGAACAAGCAUCAGCGUCUAGUGACAAUAAACUAUCAGUUGGCAAACCGAUACCAUCAGUUCGUAUUAGUCCACCGCAGCCAGUUAUUGACAGUUUACUCGAGUGGGAUGAAGAUGAUCGACCUUUUGAACGUCGUUCAGCCUUUGUUCGCAAUCGUCAACAGAAGCAAUUUCAAGAACGACUAGCUCGUAUUCAAGAAGGUAUUGUACAAAAUCAACAUCCAACUGUAUCGGCUAUCGUCACCGCUCCGAUUAUUGACGUACCCGGUGGACAGUCAGCGUCUAAUACAGUUGAUCAUGCACCUAUUACAUCGAAACAUGAAGGAAGUUUUGAUACAGGCGAAUCUCAAGGGCAAACAUUGCUCCACUUAGCUGCUCGAUUGGGUCACGAGGAAAUUAUGCGAAUGUUAAUUACUGAGACAUCGCAUGCUAGCGUUUUAUUAAACACACGUGGCCAAAUUCCACUACUUUGUGCUAUUGAAGCCGGAGCAACAUCAACAGCGACGUUGCUGAUGGAGCAAGAUCCAUUAUCAUUAACGUGUAAAGAUAAUAUUGGUUCAAGUGUUUUUCAUUAUGCGACAGAACAACAAAAUGAUAUUGUGUUAAGUCGUGCGAUAUCAUUAUUGAAACGAUUGAGUUCCAGUGCUGCCAGAGGCACGGCUCUUCAACGAUUAAUUGAAAAAAAUUCCAAUGGAAAAACUCCAUUUGUCAUCGCGGUUGAAAAAGGAUCAUUAAAAUGUAUUAAAUAUAUCUUAAGCAGUAAAUGGUUACAUCGAAAUGUUGAUGUCACUGAUUUUAUCAAUGCAGACUCAUUAAAAACAACAAUUGACAAAGAUCAAUUAGAUAUCGCAUCAUUUUUUGUUUCGGACACACGACGUUUCGCGGCAAUUAUUCAAAUACAAAUUGAUGUCAACGGCCGUGCUUACAAUGUCCUCGAAUAUUCAAUAGCAUUGAAAAAGCCCGAUUUUGUUCGAACAUUCAUUAGUGUGCGGAUUCCUGGAGACGAACGAGAACUUUAUCGAGCGUAUAAGAACUUCUUAAAACAUUACAAUGUUGCUUAUUCCGGCUCAAACUAUGACCAAACACCUGUACAACGUAUGUUAACCAUGACGGAAAUGCUGCCAUUAGUUCCAUUGUUACUCGAACAAUUUGUUGGCGAAGAUGGUAUCGAUCUAUCCGUUGUUGACGAUUGUUUACGAGCACGUCCAUCUCACAAUCGUUGUAUCUUUGGUCGUUCGAAACGAUUUUCAACAUCGAACUGGCUGAAACAACAUCCAUUAUCUCUAAUAGCCGAAGCGAAUCACGCACCAGUUUAUGAUCAUGACGUAGUGAAAAUAUGUGUUGAUUUAAAAUUUCAAUUAUUUGGAAAUUUUCUAUAUUUAUUAAUCCUAUGUGCACAAAUAUUCUUCGUCAUUCUAUAUACAGGUGUUGCGUUAGGUUCGCCGACACCACCACGUUCGUAUUAUGAUUCAUUGAAUGUCACUUGUAAAGAAUUAUGUGAUAAGUUAACCACCGAUCCAUUCGAUCCGCUACCAGGCAAUAUUCUUCUUCGAUUUCUCCGUGCCCUUCUAUUGCUUUGCUCUGGUAUUGCACUACUGAAAGAAUUCGUUCAAUUGAUAACCCAACGCGAGAAAUAUUUUCGUGGAUUUUUCGUCAAUGUCCUAGAAUUACAUACCUACAUCUGUGCAAUUCUAUUUGCAAUGGAUCUCAACUAUUGUUCACAACGUACAGGCCUCCGUUGUAAAUGGCAAUGGGAAGCCGGUGCGCUCGGCAUGGCUAGUGUAUGGACAUUGCUAUUACUUGUUUUCAUGAAUGCAUUAAAAAUAGGCAAAUAUGGUUUAUUAUUUGUCAGUGUAUUUUUGACAUUUUUAAAGUUUUGUCUCAUUUAUGUCUUUAUUUGGAUUGGAUACAUCAUUGCAUUUCAUAUGUUAUUCGUACACAAGAAGCCUCAGUUUACCUCGGUGUUUUAUUCGAUACCGAAGACAUUAGCCAUGUUAACAGGCGAAUAUGAUUUUGACGAUUUAUUUUUUCCACAUGGAAAAGUUUUGCAAGGUAGUGAAGCAGCCAUGGUACUCUAUUCAACAUUUGUAUUUACAAUGAAUAUCGUUAUUAUGAAUAUCAUGGUCGGUUUAGCAGUUUCAGAUGUAAAACGCUUUCGUUUGAAUGCAAAACGUGAACAUCUACGUGCACGAAUCGAAACCUGUCUUGGUCUACAAGCAAAAUUCGGUUUACUCUGCGAGACGUGCUCUCGAUUGGUUCUAGCAUUAUCCAAACGUUCGUUCUUUCCACGAUUUCAAAAUCAUGUCACACAAAUUCAUGGAAUCAAGAAAUACUAUCUCUGGAAAUUAGAACUACGUACACCACGUGUCGAUCUUCCUCAAUCAACGAUUGUUUUACCAUAUCGAAAUAGUAACAAUCAACUGCAAAGUACUAUUCAGUCAGCACGAAGCCACAAACAUCAUGCAACACGAGAGUUCGUCACUUGUGAAGUUGGAUACUAUCGACAUCAUAUCGAUCGAGCUGGUGAACCGCUGCUACAAGAAAAUGAUCAUACUCGUUUGAUGCGUAAAACCGAUGAACUCCGUGAUGUUUUCGAAAAAGCGAAUGCGCGUGUUCAUCAUGAAUUAAGGAAGUUAACGAUGUCUCUUCAGUCUGACUUCGAUGAAAUCAAAAGAAAACUACUCGAGAGUUAA